AUGUCACGCCCCUUCACCAGGCAUUUGACCAUCCAGUCCAACGAUCUCGGCAAGGAGGCGACGAUCAUGCUCGCUUUGAUCAACGACGACAUGCAGAGCCUCUACCAGGACCGCUUCCCGGUGGUCUGGAAGGUCAGUAAAUUCGGGAAGACGGGUGCAUACAGGGCUCAAGCUACCUACACGAACCAACUUGCCUUCUCCAAAGCCCAGAUCACGGAUGGGAACUUCAUCAGUGCUGGAACCAGCAUCCAGGUCAAUGUCGGUCAGAAAACAAAGCUCACCGAGGCCAGGGAUGUCUAUAGUUUCUCUACCCCUGAGGCGGGAUCCUCUGGCUUCGUACAGGCCGUGAACAACACUGGGGCCCUUCAAGAUAUCGCAGUCGGGUUUCUUAACAAAGGAGACUUCAUGCCUACGCCUGCACUCUACUUCGACGAGGUCGGAGAUGGCAGUCAGGUCACGGCACAGUUCACUCCGAUCCUACGUGUCUACAUCACGACAGACUAUCAAGAGACCGCAAUUAUACGAGGUGCCAUUGAAACCCCUGCGAUCUGGUCGCAGGACCUCACUGGGCUUGCCGAGCACACGACUUGGAACCUCAAGCGCGACGUGGUCAGUGGACGUUACACGCUCACCCAUGCUUGA